AUGAUAGCGGGCACGAAUCGAUACCCACAGGCCCGUGGGCCAACACCGUCCGACGCACGGCCUAUUGGGCCAUUAAGGCCCGAUAAACGGUCCACGUGGCCUCAUCCAAUAUCACACCACACCCACCACUUUUUAAACGUCUCGAUAACACCCCCUCACCUCGUCCCCUUAAAAAAAAAAAAACAAAAACAAAAAACACACGCACCACGCACAUACACGGGGCCAUGGCGGGAGCUUCGUUUCUCCCUCGCCGGCGUUGCCGCCGCAAUUUCGAAAAAUGGCGGGAGCGCCGGGGCCGAGCCCGCGAAAUCGCGGGUGCUCGUGUUGGGAGGGACGGGGCGGGUCGGGGGAUCAACGGCCGUUGCGCUCUCGAAGCUUCUCCCCGACCUUCGUAUACUCGUCGGAGGGAGAAAUCGGGAGAAAGGCGUUGCUUUGGUAUCUAAACUUGGAGAAAACUCUGAGUUUGUUGAGGUUAACAUUGAUGAUGCAAGCAUCUUGGAAGCAGCUUUAAAAGAUGUGGAUCUAGUAGUUCAUGCUGCUGGACCUUUUCAAUGCAAAGAGAAAUGCACCGUCUUGGAAGCAGCCAUAUCUACGAAGACAGCAUAUGUUGAUGUUUGUGAUGACACGGACUAUGCAUGGCGAGCGAAAGGUUUCCACAAAGAAGCAAUAGCUGCUGGUGUUCCAGCUAUAACAACAGCUGGAAUAUAUCCUGGAGUGAGCAAUGUUAUGGCGGCUGAGCUUGUUCGUGCUGCGAAAAGUGAGAAUGCUGGUGAACCAGAGAGGCUAAGAUUCUUCUACUAUACUGCAGGUUCUGGUGGCGCAGGCCCAACAAUAUUGGCGACAAGUUUCUUGCUGCUUGGAGAGGAUGUUAUUGCUUAUAAUAAAGGAAAACAGAUCAAGCUGAAGCCAUAUAGUGGAGGACUUACAAUUGAUUUUGGAAAAGGGGUCAAGAAAAAAGAUGUUUACUUGUUGAACUUACCGGAAGUUAGGAGCGCCCAUGAGAUUUUAGGUGUUCCAACUGUUAGCGCUCGAUUUGGGACUGCACCCUUCUUUUGGAAUUGGGGAAUGCAAGCCGUAGUAAAUUUUCUUCCACCGGAUAUUCUAAGAGAUAAAAAGAAGGUGCAAAAAUUGGUUGAACUCAUUGACCCGUUGGUUCGAGCAAUCGACGGGAUUGCAGGACAGCAAGUCUCGAUGAGGGUAGACUUGGAGUGUUCAAAGGGACGUAAUACUCUCAGUUUAUUCACGCAUAGAAACCUAUCCAUAUCAGUGGGAUUCUCAGUAGCUGCAUUUGCUCUAGCAGUUCUUGAGGGAAGCACACAACCUGGAGUUUGGUUUCCAGAAGAGCCGGAGGGGAUUGCGGUAGAAGCAAGAGAAGUGCUUCUCGAUCGAGCAGCUCAAGGAACAGUUAAUUUUAUAAUGAACAAGCCUCCUUGGAUGGUGGAAACUGAUCCCAAAGAGAUCGGGUUGGGAAUAUACGUGUGACUAAGACCAAAUCAAAUGCUCUCAACAUUUAAAUUCUUCAAAAGUUGAGGGAAAUUUGGCGAUUAAAUUCAUUCAUCAUUAUGUUGUACCAGUAUUUUCUUUGCAUAAUUUGAUUUUCUGUAUUAUGGUCGAGACAUAUUAUUUGGAACAACAAGAUGUCUCAGACACAGCUUUUGACCUAAUAUUUUAGGCUAUCAGAAACACCAGAUGUAUUGGCUCCACAUUUUAUAAAGAAAAUGUGGUAAUGGUAGGUUCACAUGAAGUUAUUAGUGCAAUUCUAGCUCA